AAGAGAAAAAAAAAAAAAAAGGCAGCGAGAGAGCUGGAAAGAAGUGAUUGAGAGCUUGGGUGAGUUUGGUGGCGCGUGUGCCCCGCAUUUUAACUCUCCCUUCUGAAGCUGCCAAUCGAGCCGAGGAGCUGGUGGCCGGUGCUUUUUGCCUUUUGCCAUUUGCCUCACAACAUUACACAAUCGGCAACCGCCCGGUGCGAAGCCCCUUGGACCAACCAGAUCCGACAUGUCGGAGGAAUCGAAGCCCGUCAGGGACCCCGCCGAGCCGGCGCAGAACCCCGCCGACGCCACCCCCGCCCAGCCCCUCGAGUCGGACGAGUCGGACGGCGAUGACGACGACGGCCAGCCCGGCGCAGAGGCCGCCGCCUCGGCGCCUAAGAAGAACAAGAAGAAGAAGUCAAAGCGCCAAAGGCUCAAGGAUGCCGUCUCGGGCAAGCCGUCGGACCCCGAGGCCGACAUCAAGAAGGCCAUCGCCGGCCUGAACCACGAGCAGCUCCAGGACCUGCUCAAGAUGAACCCGGCCCUCGCGCAGGAGGUUGGCGCCGCCGUCACGGGUGCGGUCGACAAGGACAUCGCCUCGGGCUCGUCGGCCACCGGCGUCUCGUCGGCGACGGACGCGCUGAAGAAGCUGAACCUGCAGGACAUAAUGACGGGGCUGGCGUCCAGCGGCAAGAACGUCAAGGACAUGGCCAGCUACAAGUUCUGGCAGACUCAGCCCGUGCCAAAGUUUGGCGAGGCCGACCCCGCGCCCGUCGAGGACGGACCCAUCAAGGUGCAAAAGGUCGACGACGUCCCCAAGGAGCCGCCCAAGAUGAUGGACGGCUUCGAGUGGAGCACUCCGGACCUGACGGACCCGGCCCAGGCCAAGGAGGUGUACGAGCUGCUCAACGGACACUACGUCGAGGACGACGAGGCCAUGUUCCGCUUCAACUACUCGACCUCGGUCCUCAAGUGGGCCAUGAUGUCGCCCGGCUGGAAGAAGCAGUGGUACGUCGGCGUGCGCGCCACCCAGUCGCGCAAGCUGGUCGCCUUCAUCUCGGCCAUCCCCCUGCACCUGCGCGUGCGCGGCAACGUGCUGGACUGCUCCGAGGUCAACUUCAUCUGCGUCCACAAGAAGCUGCGGUCCAAGCGCCUGGCCCCCGUCCUCAUCAAGGAGGUCACGCGCCUCAUCAACCUCGAGGGCAUCUGGCAGGCCAUCUACACGGCCGGCGUCGUCCUGCCCAAGCCCGUGAGCACCUGCAGGUACUACCACCGCGCCCUCGACUGGCAGAAGCUGUACGAGGUCGGCUUCAGCCCCCUGCCACCCAACAGCAGGCCGCAGUACCAGGUUCGCAAGUACGCCCUGCCCGAAAAGACGGCCAUAAAGGGCCUGAGGGAGAUGCAAGACAAGGACGUUGGUGCCGCCCAGGCCCUGCUCAAGCGCUACCUGACGCGCUACGAUCUGGCCCCCGAGUACGACGAGGAGGAGAUGAGGCACUGGUUCUUGCACAAGCAGGAGCCUGGCGAUGAGCGGGUUGUCUACUCAUAUGUCGUUGAGGACGAGUCCAAGAAGAUUACCGACUUCUUCUCUUUUUACACGCUCGAGUCCUCCGUCCUGAACAACCCGAGACAUUCCGUCAUCCGCGCUGCGUACCUGUUCUAUUACGCGACCGAGACUGGGCUGACGACCCCGGUGGACAAGUCUGCGCUCAAGACGCGGCUCAACGCCCUGAUCGGCGACGCUCUUAUCCUGGCCAAGAAGCACAAGUUUGACGUGUUCAAUGCCUUGUCCCUCAUGGACAACGCCCUCUUCCUCGAGCAGCAGAAGUUCGGUCCCGGCGACGGACAGCUCCACUAUUACCUUUUCAACUACCGCACAGCCCCCAUCGCCGGAGGCGUUAAUAAGAAAAACCAGCUCGACGAGGAUACGCUGAGCGGCAUCGGCUUCCCAAUGCUAUGAGGGGGUGUGGGGGGGAACAGGGAUUGGGAGGACUGGAAUGUUUGCACAUACGUGGAGUCAGGCGAAGGGUUUACCACGGCUCAUACAUUCCCGGGCUAGGCGAUACCAUGCUGAUGCCACCUUUUUUGACCUUUUGCUAUUUGCAAACUCGCAUUUGUUCUGUAUUGCCUCCUAUGCUAGCCGCGGUGAUAGAAAAACAAACAGCUCGUAGCACCCUAGCAAGGGUCAGGACAUGCGGUUGUCCAUGCCCAACAACUUCCCACGAUUAUAAGUAAAAAAUAAAAAAAAAGGUAGAGAAUGUCUCAAAAGAAAACAAAACCAAAAUCGGUGUAUGUAUAUCGCGUUGACCUCGAGGCAAAAAGAUCCCAAAACGGUUAUUUUACCGGGGCGGUCCCCA